CCGGAACACACUUCGCCGUGCGCGCGUUCGCUUCGUUGCCCAUGUACUCGCACACGCUCCGGGCGGCUAGCAGCACGGGACUCGGGUUCGCGCUCGGCCGUAUCGGCGGCAGGAGAGGCGGCGGCGGUGCCGCGGCGCCGGGGCUGGUGGUGCCCGCAGCAGGCGCAGCCCGCGGGAGGAGCGUCUCCGCGACGCCGGCGGCCGAGGCGCCCGUGCCGGGGGACCAGGGCGUCGCCAUGGAGCAGCCGAAGCAGCAGCAGCCGCAGGUGCCCCAGCAGGACGCCGGGGGCAAGAGCAAGCGCGACGACAUGCACAAGACCACCGGGGACGUGAUGACCCACUCGUUCGGGGAGGGGUACUCGACGCGCUCCGACGAGGAGGGGUUCGGCGGCGUGUACGGCAGGAACGACCCGGUGGAGCACCCAGGCACGGAGAUUCACCCCAGCCAUCCCGAGUACGACACGACGCAGGGGUCGGAGGUGAAGGAGAAGGAGAAGGCGCGCCACCUCAAGGACGAGAAGCACGCCACCUAGGCGGCGACCGACGCACGUCUCGGAGUCAGGCUCGUCGCCGUUUAGGUAGUUCCGAGUUCCCUUCGCUCUCGGGGGAGGCAUCGCGUGGUUCGCAGCUUUAGAAAUGCUAUUUUAUUUCAAGUUUGCUGAGAUGUGGUAAAAAUUCAGUAAUA